UCUGAACUCUAAACUUAUAACUCAAGCAUCAAUUUAUAAAUCACAAACUUUAUAAAAAUGUUUAAAAUUUUGAUGGUAACAUUCGGCAUGAUAGCAGCUGUCAGUCUACAAUGUGUUGAAUGGAAUGGAUCAUCUGGAAUUGGACAUUUAAGCUUUUGUGGCUCAAAUGGCUGUUUUUCUCGAACUAGUACCUUGAGAAGGUGCGAGAAUUUGCCAAGCGGAUCAUGGACAACAGGAAACUCAUUGAAUAACCAAUAUGAAUGUCAAGUUUUUUCAGGAUCAGGUUGUUCAGGUUCAAGACAUAUCGCAAGAAGAGAUUUAAGAUCAUUCGGGUUCCAAGCAAGAUCAUUUAGUUGUCCAUGGCGUUGUUGAAUAAAAAUCAAUAACAAAUUAAUGUCUACCACGUUGAUGAACUCUUAAUAUAUAAAAUUAAGAUCAGCAAUGAUGUUCUAAAUUGAAAUAAAGAGUUUUCUGCAUU